ACUUGCCUCCCUUUUUCUCUAUGGUUGAUUGGAGGAAGGCGAGGGGGAGCUUUGAUGCUGAAGCCGUGGCUGUCAUGCGAUUUCGAGCGAAGAUUACAGACGUGGGAUGCCUCAACCAUUUCAGUCGUGUGAUAAGCACAAUUGCCAAGUUAGCUAAAACCUGUAUCCUGCGGCUUACUUUGGAUAAACUUUACUUCAUCCUCAGUGACAAAGUGGCAAAUGGUGGUGUUAGCAUGUGGUGUGAGCUUAACCAGAUGAACUUCUUUGAUGAAUUCCAGAUGGAAGGUGUCUCUGCAGAAAAUAAUGAAAUUUAUUUAGAACUGGCACCUGAAAACCUUUCCAGGGCUUUUAAAACUGCUCAGAAUGCCAAGACAGUGAAAAUCAAAUUGACUAAUAAACAAUGUCCUUGCCUUACAGUAGCCAUGGAGCUGCCUUCCUUGUCAACCAGUAGCCGCAUUGUGACUCAUGACAUUCCUGUAGGAGUUAUUCCCAGAAAACUAUGGAAUGACUUCAGAGAACCCAGUGUGCCCAACUUCGAUGUCAGUAUUUAUUUACCUGUGCUGAAGACCAUGAAAUGUGUUGUGGAGAGAAUGAAAAAUCUCAGCAGUUCAGUUGUAAUAGAAGCAAAUCUAAAUGGAGAGAUGGAAUUGAAAAUAGAAACUGAUCUAGUGUGUAUUACAACUCACUUUAGAGACCUUGGAAAUCCUCCCUGGGUAUCUUGGGAUGAGUCUCAAAACUCUACUCACGAAAGAGACCCUAUGAAUAUGGCUGAGGCACGCAUUGAUAUUAAGAGACUUCUCCAGUUCCUUGUAGGGCAGCAAGUCAACCCCACAAAAGCACUGUGUAAUAUUGUAAGUAAGAGAAUUGUUCAUUUCAUCUUACUCCAUGAGGAUGUCUCUCUUCAAUAUUUCAUUCCAGCCCUUGCAUGAAUUGAAAAGUCAUUCCGGCUCAUAUCUUCAAGUUGUUGAAAUAGAUUAAAAAGAAUGAAGGGAAAGAUGCUGUCUGUCUAUUAAAAAUCCAUCUUGUAGUCAA